AUUGUCAGGAUUUAUGCUUGUCUUCGUAAAGUCAAUACGAUGACUGUCUUCAACUUGUAUAUUUUUGAUAGAAAUGGCACUUGCCUGUACUAUAAUGAGUGGAAUCGCAAGAAGCAACCGGGGAUGAGCAAGGACGAGGAGUUCAAGCUGAUGUAUGGUAUGAUUUUUUCCAUAAAAUCAUUUGUGAACAGGAUUUCCCCAUUGGAUAUGAGGGAAGGAUUCAUGAAUUUGAGGACGAGUCAGUACAAACUACAUUUCUAUGAGACACCAAGUGGACUGAAAUUCAUUAUGAACACAGACCUUAAUGCUGGGAACUGUAGAGAUGUGCUUCAUCAAAUUUAUAGCACAAUCUUUGUGGAGUAUGUUGUGAAGAACCCAUUAUGUGCAUUGGGAGAGCCCAUUGCUAGUGAACUGUUCAAACAAAAGCUGGAUGACUACAUUAGAGGAUUACCUGUCUUUGCUUCCAAAGUGUCAUAGUCUAUACCUGUUAUACUACAUUUAUUGAAGAUGUAAUACAUGUAUGAAGAUUGUGACAACUGACUCAAAACUUUUCAAUGCUGUCAUUGCAUGUGAUGCCAGUUGUCGGUACCAUUAUGAAUGGGUCUGUCACUACAAGGUGUGUUCGCUGAGAGGUUUAACCAGUAAACAUAAUGUUCCAGAUCACCAGGACAGUCCCAAUCCAUCAUAUUUACAGUGCUUUAUCAUAUGAAUUCCAUGCUAGAGACACGAACCAUCCCACCCAGUCAAAGUUAACUGACUUAGAGGUCCGGUCAGACCUCUAACUGGUCUGUAGCAAUCAGGCACUAAUUGCCAGUUGCGGCACUGAUAGCUAAUUUUGCCACCAGGACUGCUAAUUUUGCUACCAAGACAUAGUGACACACUUGUGAAUCAAGCCAAGUGUAGUUGUGAUAGAAAACUUCAGGUAUGCCUGGUGCGGGUCCAUUUCAAGCCUGGGGCAGGACAUUUGUGGAUUCCCCUUUAUCACUGUGCAUGGAAUCUUGGUGAGACUUCGCAAUCGAUGAUGCUUGUGUGAGAGAUGUGAAUAAACUGGCAGAGCUAAGAGGAAAGCAGACAGAGUUCAGAAGAAACCAGCCAGUGGCAGGAGAAAGCUAGUCAGAACUUGGAGG